UGCGUCCCUGCGCCCCUGCCCCUUGAGUUCCCCGCAGCCGCCUAGCGUGCUCCGGCCCAGGCGAGUGGGGGCCGUGGGGAUAGGUUUCUGAGCCCUCACAGGGCUGCCCUCCGACGGACGGCGCGGGACCUAGCCGGGAAGCGAGCGGAGCGGGCUGUUCAGGGCACGCGGCCAAAGGAACGUGUUUCCUGGAAAGGGCUUGUGGGCCUCCCUGCCAAUCCCUGUGAAACGGGAUGGAGCGGUGACAUUGUGCUGUCACUACUACUUGGUGCUGCGGGCGGUCUCCUGAGGAUGCUUUGUGCCUAAGGCCCCCCAUCGUUCUCACUGUGCUGAAGAGGAAACAUUUAUUCGAGAAUAUUUACCUAACUUAGAAAAAAAUUUAACUUGGCACUAUGGGGAUACAAGGAUUACUGCAAUUUAUCAAAGAAGCUUCUGAACCUAUCCACAUGAGGAAGUAUAAAGGGCAGGUAGUAGCUGUGGAUACAUACUGCUGGCUUCACAAAGGAGCUGUUGCUUGUGCUGAAAAACUAGCCAAAGGUGAACCUACCGAUAAGUAUGUAGGAUUUUGUAUGAAAUUUGUAAAUAUGUUACUAUCUCAUGGGAUCAAGCCUAUCCUGGUAUUUGAUGGAUGUACUUUACCUUCUAAAAAGGAAGUGGAGAGGUCUAGAAGAGAAAGAAGACAAGCCAAUCUUCUUAAGGGAAAGCAGCUUCUCCGUGAGGGGAAGGUCUCAGAAGCCAGAGAAUGUUUCACCCGUUCUAUCAAUAUCACACACGCUAUGGCCCACAACGUAAUUAAGGCUGCUCGGUCUCAGGGAGUAGAUUGUCUUGUGGCUCCAUAUGAAGCAGAUGCACAGUUGGCCUAUCUUAACAAGGCUGGUAUUGUACAAGCUGUAAUUACAGAAGACUCUGAUCUCCUCGCUUUUGGCUGUAAAAAGGUUAUUUUAAAAAUGGACCAGUUUGGAAAUGGACUAGAAGUUGAUCAGGCUCGGCUAGGAAUGUGCAAACAGCUUGGGGAUGUGUUCACAGAAGAGAAGUUCCGUUAUAUGUGCAUUCUUUCAGGCUGUGACUAUCUCUCAUCGCUGCGUGGGAUUGGAUUAGCCAAGGCCUGCAAAGUACUAAGACUAGCCAAUAAUCCAGAUAUUUUAAAGGUUAUCAAGAAAAUUGGACAUUAUCUCAAGAUGAAUAUAACAGUACCAGAAGAUUACAUCAAAGGCUUUAUUCGGGCCAAUAAUACCUUCCUCUAUCAGCUAGUUUUUGAUCCCAUCAAAAGGAAACUCAUCCCUUUGAAUGCCUAUGAAGAUGACAUUGAUCCUGAAACACUAAGCUAUGCUGGGCGAUAUGUUGAUGAUUCUAUAGCUCUUCAAAUAGCACUUGGAAAUAAAGAUAUAAAUACUUUCGAACAGAUUGAUGACUACAAUCCAGACACUGCCGUGCCUGCCCAAUCAAGAAGUCAUAGUUGGACUGACAAAACAUGUCAAAAGUCAUCUAAUAUUAAUAGUAUUUGGAAUAGGAACUAUUGCCCUAGACUUGAGCUGGACAUUGUUUCAGUUGCUACAAAGGUGAAGGAAAAUCCAAGUACUGUGGGCAUUGAACUAGUGAUUAGUACUAAAGGAUUAAAUCUUCCAAGGAAGUCAUCCAUUGCAAAAAGACCAAGAAGUGAAGAGCUAUCAGAAGAUGAUCUAUUUGGUCAGUAUUCUACUUCCUUUACAAAGAAGAUCAAGAAAAAUAGUUGUGAAGGUGAUAAAUUAUUGAACUCUUCUGAACGGUUUAUGCCUGACCUGGUAGAUGGAAAUACUAUUAAAAAAAGCUUAAGCAUACCACCUAGGACAAGAAACAAAUUUGCAACAUUUUUACAGAGAAAAAAUGAAGAAAGUGGUGCAGUUGUGGUUCCAGGAACCAGAAGCAGGUUUUUUUCCAAUUCUCUGGGUUCUGCUGACUGUAUAUCAAAGAAAGCAAGCAGCCAGUCUCUAGAUGAAACUGCUGUCACAGAUAAAGAAGCCAGUGUAAAUGAGUCAGAUUGUCUAGAUGGCAAGAAGUUGUUAGAUAUCAGUGUAGCACAUAAUUCAAGUGAGCAUAUUCCAGAUGAUGUGACUGUGAUUGCUGAAGAGUCUCAGUCUUUUAAGACCAGCAGAUUCACGAGGACCAUCUCACCACCUACCUCGGGUACACUAAGAAGUUGUUUCAGUUGGUCUGGAAGUCUUGGAGAGUUUUCAAGAACACCAAGCCCCUCUCCAAGCACAGCAUUGCAACAGUUCCUUAGAAAGAGUGAUUCUCCCAUCUCUCUGCCUGAGAAUAAUGAGCCGUCUGAUGUAUCUCAGUUAAAGAGUGAUGAGUCAAGUGAUGAAUCUCAUCCCUUACAUGAAGUGGAUUGGUCUUCACAGUCUCAGGAAAGCAUGGACUUAUCACCACACAAUUUAAAUGCAUCAAAACUUUCUCAGCCUUCUAGUAAGGAUUUAGAUUCAGAGGUUCCUGGGCUGUAUAAAUCUAGUUCUGUGGACAGUCUUUCUACAACCAAGAUCAAACCUUUAGUACCUGCCAGAGUCAGUGGGCUGAGCAAGAAGCCAUCAAGCAUCCAUAAGAGAAAUCAUCAUAAUGCCGAGAACAAGCCAGGAUUGCAGAUAAAAAUCAAUGAACUCUGGAAAAAUUUUGGAUUUAAAAAAGAUUCUGAAAAGCUUCCUUCUUGUAAGAAGCCAGAUCCCCUGUCUCCAGUCAAAGAUAACAUCCAACUAACUCCAGAAGAAGAGGAUAUAUUUAACAAUUCUGACUGUAUGCGUGUUCAGAGAGCAAUAUUCCAAUAAACACGGGCAGCUGGGAAGCUAUUGCCUGCAAGAGAAUCUCUAUCAAUUUCAUGUCCUGUUUGAGAAUGAAGCAGUUAUCAGUAUGAAAGACUUGUUCUUAGAUCUAUGAUAUUUA